GCGGGGGGCUCGCGGGGCCGAGGACGGGGGCGCGGCCAGCGCCGCCCCGCGCGCCCUCCUAGCUCGGCGUCCGGGCUCUGAGGGUCGCUGCAGGGUGGGUGGGGGCCGGCGGCCCUACGUCCCCGGGCUCCUGUGACGUUCCGCUGAAGACCUUGGCCCCGGCUCGCGGCUGCCGGGAGCGCGAGGUGCUGGGCGCCAGCGGCAGCCCCGGUCCCCGGUCCCCACUCCCCACGUCCUCGAGUCCCCGAGGCCCCGCGCGAUCAGGGAUGUUGCGGCGCGGUCCCGGCUUCUGCGGAGCCCCACUGUGAUCUCCGGGGCGCAGCUUCUCAAAAGGUUACGGAGCCGUUUUCUACACCUCGAGUAGUCGGAACGUCAGCGUGCCUUAAGAUACGCUUAUCUCUGAAUACUGUGGCCUUGUAAUAAGUUUAGAAAUUCGAACAAGCAAGUCCUCAACUUGUCAGGAUUGUUUUGACUAUUCUGGAUCCUUUGAAUUUGCAGAACAAAUAUGGCCGAGCUUUCUGAACCAGAAGGACCGGUGGAUUGGAAGGAAAGAUGUGUAGCCCUGGAGUCUCAGCUCAUAAAAUUCAGAGUUCAAGCAAGCAAGAUAAGAGAGCUUUUAGCAGAAAAGAUGCAGCAGCUUGAGAGACAAGUUAUUGAUGCUGAACGUCAAGCAGAAAAAGCUUUUCAACAGGUACAGGUUAUGGAAGAGAAAUUAAAAACAGCCAACAUUCAAACCAGUGAAUCAGAAACAAGGCUCUAUAAAAAGUGUCAAGAUCUGGAAUCUCUAAUACAGGAAAAAGAUGACAUCAUUCAGAACUUGGAACUGCAGCUGGAAGAGCAGAAACAAAUAAGAAUACAAGAAGCUAAAAUAAUAGAAGAGAAAGCAGCUAAAAUCAAAGAAUGGGUAACAAUAAAAUUAAAUGAGCUAGAAUUGGACAAUCAGAAUCUUCGUUUGAUCAACCAAAAGCAAAAUGAAGAGAUAAGAGCAAUACAGUCAAAACUACAAGAAGUUCAAGAGAAGAAGUUAUCUGCUGUCGCUACACCGAAGCUUUCUGAAGGGCAGCGUCUGAGCAGUUUGACAUUUGGGUGCUUUUUGUCUCGAGCAAGGAGUCCUCCUCAAAUUGUAAAAUACGAGGAAACAAGCAAGCUGUCAUCUAAAGAAGCUGAAUUCACAAAAGAAAAAAACAUAGAAGAAAUUCCAGAGAAGUUUGCUGACAACCAAGUUCAAGAAAAUGAUAGAGGCCCAAGAACACUGCCGCAGACCUGUUGCAGCUCAGAACAAAAGCGGAAAACGAGAACCAGCUGUGCAACAGACGGUGGCACGUCCCAGAAUUCUGUGGCUCCAGCGAGUGACUGGAGCUCCGACGAGGAAGAUGGGAGCAAAGAAAGACCUAAGUCCAGGUGCACGUCCACCCUCUCCAGCCACACCUCGGAGGAAGGUGCCCACGGCGGCAGGCGGGGCAGCGAAGCCUAUCUGACAGCCUCCGAUGACAGCAGCUCCAUAUUUGAGGAAGAGACUUUUGGCAUAAAGAGACCAGAACACAAGAAGCUGUAUUCUUGGCAACUGGAGGCCCAAUGGAAAGCUCAGAAUAGUCUUGGCAAAGGAAGCUCUGAAUUGAAUAAGAAGGAGCAAGACUGUUCCUCAGAAGAACUAAGUAAAAGGUUUCAAUCCCAGAGACUGGAUUAUUCAUCCUCAUCUAGUGAGGCCAACACUCCAAGUCCUAUUUUGUCUCCUGCUUUAGUACCAAAGCACCCUAACUUGCUCCCUGGAAAAAGAACGCCCUUAGCACCUUCGGCCCACCUGCCACCCCCAAGGUUAAGGAUUCCUAAUGCUUUCAGUAAGAGUGUAGCGCUUGCCAAAAGGCACUUAAGCCAGCCACAGUUAAGUUCUGACAGGAUGUUUGGUACAAAUAGAAACGCUAUUAGCAUGAUCCGACCCCUGAAACCUCAGGAAACAGAUCUAGAUCUCAUUGACUGCGAUGGUGAAGUUUUAGAGAAUAUGGACACGAGUUGUGAUGAUGGAUUAUUUUCCUGCGUCUCCCUGGAAUCUCCAUAUGCAGAUGACCAGGAACCCGGUGACUCAGCAAAGAAGGCAGCAGCCAGCAAGCCCCCCACUCCGCCUCUGCACCGGUUUCCCUCUUGGGAAAGCAGAAUUUAUGCUGUAGCCAAAUCAGGCAUUCGAAUGUCUGAGGCCUGCAACAUGGAGAAUGUUAAUAAAAAUUCUGCUACCAUGCUUUCCAAUAGCACAUCUGGACUUUAUACGUCUCUGAUCUACAAGAAUUUGACAACCCCAGUGUACACAACAUUAAAAGGGAAGGCGACCCAAAUAAGUAGCAACGCUUUCCAAGAUGAUGACUCCUCGGAGGAGGAGGACGGCUCCAGGUGCAGUUUGCAGACCUCGGAGUUGGAGCCACGCCGCCGCAGUGGGCCCGGCAGCCCCAGGCCCCUGAAGCGAGGUGUGUCUCUGACCUCUGUGGCUUCCGAGAAUGACUACGCUAUCCCUCCGGACGCCUACUCCACGGACACAGAGUGUGCACAGCCCGAGCAGAAGCUCCCCAAAACCUGUUCAUCGUCCAGUGAGAAUGGGAAAAAUGAACCACUGGAAAAAUCUGGCUAUCUACUAAAAAUGAGCGGUAAAGUCAAGACUUGGAAGCGGAGGUGGUUUGUUCUGAAAGGAGGUGAAUUACUUUACUACAAAUCUCCGAGUGAUGUAAUUAGAAAACCCCAGGGCCAUAUUGAACUUAGUGCAUCCUGCAGUAUUGUAAGAGGAGAUAACAAACAAACAGUUCAGCUGAUGACUGAAAAACACACGUACUACCUGAGUGCAGAUUCUCCCAAUAUAUUGGAAGAAUGGAUUAAAGUGUUGCAGAACGUUCUCCGAGUACAGGCUGCUAACCCACUUUUCCUGCAGUCUGAGGGCAAACCAGCAGUGAAAGGAUUGCUCACUAAGGUAAAACAUGGCUACUCCAAGAGAGUCUGGUGUAUACUCAUAGGAAAGAUGUUAUAUUAUUUCCGUAGUCAAGAAGAUAAGUUUCCUCUAGGUCAGAUCAAACUGUGGGAGGCUAAAGUUGAAGAGGUGGACAGGUCCUGCGAUUCAGAUGAAGAUUAUGAAGCUAGUGGACGCAGUCUGUUAUCCACUCAUUACACUGUCGUCGUCCACCCUAAAGAUCAAGGCCCGACUUACCUCCUGAUUGGAUCCAAGCAUGAAAAGGACACUUGGCUUUAUCAUCUGACUGUUGCAGCUGGAAGUAACAAUGUAAAUGUUGGAUCUGAAUUUGAACAACUGGUUUGCAAAUUGCUAAAUAUAGAAGGGGAACCUUCCUCUCAGAUAUGGAGACACCCCACUUUGUGUCACAGCAAGGAAGGAAUCCUUUCCCCUCUGACAUCACUGCCUUCUGAAGCUCUGCAGACAGAAGCUAUAAAGUUAUUUAAGACCUGUCAACUUUUUAUAAAUGCUGCAGUUGACUCCCCUGCAAUCGAUUACCACAUAUCUCUAGCCCAGAGCGCUUUGCAGAUCUGUCUGACACAUCCUGAACUACAGAAUGAGAUUUGCUGUCAGCUUAUUAAACAGACAAGACGAAGACAGCCACAGAACCAACCGGGGCCGUUGCAGGGCUGGCAGCUCCUGGCACUCUGUGUUGGGCUCUUCCUUCCCCAUCAUCCUUUCCUGUGGCUCCUCAGGCUCCAUCUAAAGAGGAAUGCAGAUUCCAGGACAGAAUUUGGAAAAUAUGCCAUUUAUUGCCAGAGAUGUGUUGAAAGAACACAACAGAAUGGAGACCGAGAAGCAAGACCCUCGAGGAUGGAAAUUCUUUCCACUCUACUUCGAAACCCCUAUCAUCACUCGCUGCCCUUCAGUAUACCAGUGCACUUCAUGAAUGGGCUGUACCAGGUUGUAGGGUUUGAUGCGUCCACCACCGUGGAAGAGUUUCUGAAUACUCUGAACCAGGACACAGGGAUGAGGAAGCCGGUGCUGUCUGGAUUUGCACUGUUCACGGAUGACCCCGCUGGCAGGGACCUAGAGCACUGCCUUCAAGGGAACAUCAAGAUUUGUGACAUUAUUUCCAAAUGGGAACAGGCAUCCAAAGAACAGCAACCUGGGAAAUGUGAAGGUACAAGAACCGUUCGUCUGACUUAUAAAAACAGGUUGUAUUUCUCAAUGCAAGCUCACGGAGAGACUGAUAGGGAAAAAUUGCUGUUAAUGUAUCAGACAAAUGAGCAAAUAAUAAAUGGCCUUUUUCCUCUAAACAAGGACCUGGCAGUAGAAAUGGCAGCUCUCUUAGCUCAGGUGGAAAUUGGAGAUUUUGAAAGACCUUUCUCAACUCCAGAAGGGCAUGUUACCAACCAGUGCAAAGCAAAUCAAACACUAAAACAAGUCAUAGAAAAAUUUUAUCCUAAAAGGUAUAGAGAUAGCUUUACUGAAGAACAGUUAAGGCAACUUUACCAGCGACUGUCAACCAGAUGGAUGGCCCUCCGGGGACGCAGUGGUGUUGACUGUGUGCGCAUUUAUUUGACAGUAGCCAGGAAGUGGCCAUUCUUUGGUGCCAAGUUGUUUUUUGCAAAACCCAUAACGCCACCAUCACUUGGAAAUGCUUUCAUGUGGCUUGCUAUCAAUGAAAAUGGUUUAAGCAUCUUGGAAUUCAACUCCAUGAGGUUAUUAAUCAGCUAUGCAUACAAAAAUCUAAUGACCUUUGGAGGUUAUCAAGAUGAUUUUAUGGUAGUCAUUAACAAUUUGCAUUCAAAAGACAAACCAACAGAGAAAUUACUUUUUGCCAUGGCAAAACCCAAGAUUCUUGAAAUCACUCUUUUGAUUGCCAGUUACAUCAACAACUUCCAUCAACAAAAGGCAGCGUUUCACCACCUCUCUGCUCCAGCCUUGCUUUCUGUCAAGCCCCAGGAACCCCAAGCCAGGGCGAAGGGAAGCCAGCACCUGCUGCCAAGCAGCAGACCCACCAAGGGUCCCACCCUGCUCUGAAAGCUCAGGAGCGGGACAUCACUCCUUGUCCCGGUGUAGCGGCUCUGUCAGCUGCGCCAUGAUGAUUGACACUGUCACGGGGCACCACGCCAGUGUUCUAGACGCCAGCCAUUCCCAGGGUUACCACCUCCUGUUUGAUUCUUAAAUAGCCAGCCCAUAGUAAAACAAACACAAAAUUUGCCAACAUGUUCAUUUUCUCUUAAAAAUAGGUUAAAGUUUGUCAUUUUCCCUGUCUCCUUUCUCUGUGGCCAUCAGAGACAUCAAUGCAAAAUGGCUUCUUUUUUUUCCCCCUUUUAAAUAUUCUGGCGAUCUUAAGGAGAUUCCAAGCUCACAUUUGCUAACCAGUUGAUUAUUUGGAAAAGCUCACUGCCAAAAAUCUAAGUACUGUAAUUACAUGCGCUUUUAAUUAAUGAGAUGGCUUUGGGAAAGGAGCGGGAUGCACAGUGUAAGGAGCAGCUGUGGAGUGGUGUGGUGGGGAAGAUUUUUAGAGCAAGUGCAAUAAACCUUCUGGCUCUGUGAAUCAUCGUGUGAGAAGACAGGAAUCCGGGAACCACCUCCUCUGUGGUGUUAGAAGGGUACCUGCCCCUUCACAGAUCACUGGUGUGUAAAGUUUAACAUGAGACCGUGACUCCUGACAUUUCUCCUGUACCAGGUUCGCUGGAAUCUUGCCCAGUUUUCAUUGCAUUUGGUGCUAGGUCGAUUUGACCUUGCUUUGUUAAAUAUCAGUGCCUUUGAAAUGGAGAUGAUCCUGACAGUGUUGCCCCUCCAGACAGUUCUUUCUAAUUAUAGCUUAAAAGUAAAUUCCAAAUUUUUUUUGUUUUAAACGAAAAAUAAUUCUUCCAUCAAAGUAGGUAAAAACUUUAAUUGGAAGCAUAUUAAAAUGUAUUACUAUACCAGGUCAUAAAUGGCCAGUACACUCUAAUAUAUGUCAAAGCAAUAUCAUUAGUAUUCAUCAUAAAAAUAAAACUGUGAUAAAACAUGAAAAUUCUAUUAUAGAAAUGUUUAACAAAUAGUAAUCAUGAGUAGAGUUAACUUUAUUUAUGUGUAGAACAUUUGUAUUUAUUUUUUGGACAUAUUUAUCAAUUUUCGUGUCAUACUUUUUAAGCAUUGGAGAAAGAUGUUAGCUGCUGCAUUGAGUGCUGGCAGAGCCCUCGUAUUCUCCUCUCUGCUGCUUUCUCCCUGUGGCAAUGUACUGUUCUCACAGUCUUUCAGAAAUGUUCCAUCCUAAGAAGAAGAGCAGGGCCAAGCAAUGUGGUGCUCAAGUAACAUCAUGCCUUACAAUUAAUCACAAAAGGAUGUUAAAAGACCCGUCAAAAGAGAUUUCCAUUGACUAUUUCUCACUGCAUCUUUUGAGCCACAACCAGUCACUGAGUAAAUAAAUUCAAUUUUUAGAACAAACUGAUUACCAGUUUGGGAUGAUUCUCAGGAUUCUUUUGGCCAGGAUACAGUAGCAUUUCUGGGCUUCCAGAAAACCAUUUACUAGUCAUUAUCUGGUAAGCCAGAAGCUUGGCAGAGUGGUUACUUACGUGUGAGAACUUUCUCAGGCAGUAGGUAGCCAUCUGGUAAGCUGCCACCAACUAAAUCUUCUAAUUUAAGAAUGAGUAGCAAAGAUUUAAUUUAAACUGUAGUAUCUUAGCCUUGGCAUUUAUUUUUGAGAGAGGAGAGAUAAAAUAUUUUGAUGGAAGGAAAUCAAUUUUCUGUAACUGAUGUGAAAAUUUUAUUUUCUGGGAAAUUACUCAUACAGCCAUUUUUAAAAUGCAAAGAAUGUUGUUAUGAUUGGUUACAAAAGAAAAAUGUUUCCUGUCUAACUGUAAUAUUUGUCACCUAUCAUUUUCUCUCCUUUCAAUCAUAAUAAAUGAUUUACAAAACCCA